GCCUCGACGUCAUUACUCUCAGCCGCUGGCCAGCUCGAGGGAUCCUGUGUAUAAAUCAGGAAUGGCUAGUAGAAGAACAGAGAAGAUGGAAGAAAAAAUGAAGCAGAAGACGCAGAGUUUGUGCGCAAAUGACGUUGUCGAGAGAAGAAGAAAUUGAGGAUGAGGGAGAAGAAGGAACGAGGCUGUUGGUACUUUGGAAAAGUCUCAUGACACGCGAGAGCCGGCAGAAAGUGAGAAAGAAGUUCGAAAGGGGCGCAUGGCAGGAAAGAGCAGCUUCACGGCCGGCCACCCGCUAAUCCCAAUCCUAGGCCCUCACUAAUAAAUAACUUGCAUAGCAGCCAAGAUCCAAUCCAAGAGGCCAACAGCCGCGGCCAAAAAUAAACCGGGACAGCGCGC